AAAAGAUGAAGGGAGAAACCAGGAAGAGGAAUAUUAUGAAUGUAUUUGACAACUUCAACCCAACCUCUUGUAGCCUAAAUGGCUGUAGUAUCAGAAGAAUACCUUUGACAUGAGAGACACACACUUUGUCGAGUAUCUAAAAGCGACGUGAAAAUAUAGAACGAUAAACCCCCUCAGUUUGAAACGAAAAAGGUUAAAGUUCACAGGAAGCUGGGGGGCUGCCAUUUUUCCCUGCUAACAUUUUAGAUGCUAAACAGAGGGAAGGGUGGUCGUCGUGUUUUUUWAUUUAAUUUACCCCGACUAUUGAGCUUUAUACAUUAUUUGUUUCGCCACCCCUAGUCGCUAACCUAAAUUGAUGUUGAAUGAAUUCGGCAUGGAGAGAAUAGCGGAGCAGUCGUGGAAUUCUUCAUACACCUAUCAGGUGAGCAAUCAUAGCGCGGAGAUGCUACACAACCUCAACAUUCAGAGGAAAGAUGGAGGCAGGUUUUGCGAUGUGAUCUUGUGCGUUGGCGAAGAGAGCUUCCCUGCCCACAAGGCGGUACUGGCGGCGUGCAGCGAGUAUUUCGAGUCCGUUUUUGGUUGUCAAACGGAGGGCGACGGGGAGGCAAAAGAACUCGAGAUGCAUACGAUAAGCCCCAAAGUUUUUAAAGACAUUUUGGACUUUGUCUACACCUCUAGGAUUGUGGUACGAUUGGAAUGUUUCCCCGAGUUGAUGACAGCUGCUAAGUUUCUGUUAAUGCGUUCUGUCAUCGAGAUAUGCCAAGAAGUAAUCAAACAGUCCAAUGUACAAAUCCUUGUACCACCCUCUCGAGGAGGCGACGUCAGUUUGUUCCGUGCCACGGGGGGCUCGGAAUUGGGUUUCAAAUUAGCCGUAGACAUGUCAAAUGGGGAUGGCUUGUUGGAAAAUAGCAACAAUGGACACACAGUGGACGGAAGUCAUGCCAAUGACACUGUCGUGUCGGAUAGCAGCCCCCAGUCCACUAUUCCAGUCCUGCAGCCCGUGUCUCCAUCAGAGAAGACGGGCAACCGGUUCCAAGAAGAGGGAUCUCCGGGUUCUAAGAGAGGCAGGGGACGACCAAAGAAAGCGACAGCCAUAGAGCAUAUACAUUAUAACCACAGCACCUCUGACGUUAAAGACAUUGAGCAGCUAUUUCCUUGUGGAAUAUGUGGCAAAGCAUUUACAGAGGCUGUGCGGUUGAGAAAUCACGAAGCYCAGCAUGGAGCGUCCAGCCAUGGCGCGAGUAGCGGAGGCGGCCCUACCUUGAUAACGCACUCUGGUCAGCCCGGUCUGUUGGAGAAUGGCAUGCCCUUGCAUGGAACAGUAGAUAUCAGCCGUAAACGAGAGAGGACGAGACGUCACGUUGGCUGUGACAUUUGUGGAAAGGUGUUCCGGGAUGUCUACCACCUGAACCGACACAAAUUGUCUCAUUCCGGGGAAAAGCCAUAUGCUUGUCAUGUCUGUGGCCUGCGAUUCAAGCGCAAGGAUAGGAUGUCAUACCAUGUGCGAUCACACGAUGGAUCUGUGGGCAAACCUUACGUCUGUCAAAGCUGUGGAAAGGGGUUUUCAAGGCCAGACCAUCUUAAUGGACACAUCAAGCAGGUUCACACAACAGAGAGACCCCAUAAGUGUCAGAUUUGUAAUGCCUCCUUUGCUACGAGAGAUCGUCUGCGGUCUCACCUGGCUUGCCACGAGGACAAGAUCCCGUGCCAGGUAUGUGGGAAGUACCUCCGGGCUGCGUACAUGACCGACCACCUCAAGAAACACAGUGAAGGACCUCACAACUACUGUAGCAUAUGCAACAAAGGUUUCUCCACUGCAUCCUACCUUAAGGUGCACGUAAAAACGCACCAAGGCUCGCCAUUGCUCCCCGCUACCGCCCCAGCACARGGUGCCUUCCCCGAGUCGCAGAACCACGGCGGUGCCCCCUACCACACGGGACGCCAAUGCGCAGUGGAAGGCAAGCAGCCGCCCACCCUGCUCCGCUCCACCUUGCCCCCCCCCCCCAGCAUAUGUCUCUUUAUUGCUUUGUAUUGAUCAUAAUCUGCUCUGCUGCUGCUUGUGGGGAAAACCUGCUGCAUCUGUUUUUAAAGCCUGGCAAAAAGACAAGCAUACACAAACAUACACACAUGCACACAAAGCGUAUAGGCAUUCCUGCCUGUGCCUGCGCAGUGAUGCUGACGCUAAAGGACCCAUCUCCUCUUUGCCUCCAUCAGCUAACAGUAGGGACACUGUCUUCAGAAGCACCAUAUGAACAGCAGGCUGAUAUGGUUGUCCUGGCUGAUAUUGUGUAUAUAAAGAGAUUUUUAGCCCCAUGGCAGCAGACUUCUUUCUAAAUCAGCAUGCAUGUGUAAUUGUCUGCUCUUCUGCUUGGUUUAUAUAGUGAAGAAGGAAAGUGAGAGGAAGUUGAUUAGGGAACUUCACUUUUUGCGUUUUACUAGGCAGAGAUCAUGUGAAUUUAGCUAUCAAUAAGGAUAACUUUUACUCAAUGGGUUAGAAUAUGUAUAGGCCUAUUUCUUGAAAUAAAAAAACAUUUGCAAUUACAGAAUUUGGCAUCUUCUCUAAUGGGGCACUGCUCCCCAGUGGUCAGUUUUGGGAUACUGCAGGUUGUCAGGGACUCAGUCAGCUCAUAAAAACCUACAACAAAGAAGUGCAUGUAUGCCUCCCCAUGUUCCAAAUGGCCUUGUUGCUCUUCAGUCAGGGCUCAGACAUACACAGAGACUGUGUUUAGCCUUAAUAGCCUUAGUGCCAUGCUAUUCUGUCUGUUCAGCAUGGCAAUGUGAACGCUUUCUGAAAACGCUGUUUGUUGCUUGCUGUCAUCUCCAUCAACUUGUGGCCAUUGGCCAAAUGAUGCACUAUAAUGUUGCAUGUCUAUUGAAUCAUACAGUACUGUGCAGUGUUCCUCUAGAAUCAAUGGAGCUUUUUUCAACUAUUAUUGCCAUGGCAACUAGCAGCAGCCUAUGGAUUCGGCUGUACAGUACUUCACUCUGGCAGAGAGCGAGAAGGAGUCAAAGCAGUGUGGAGAGUAGGCUUGGGCGUUAUACCGUAUACCGAGGUAUUUAGGCAUACCAACAGUACUUGGAUUCAUUUUUUUAGUUGGAGGGGGGGCCCCCACCUCGGCCACCCCGCCUCGAGCUCCAGUUAUGCAUUUGGUUUGUUAACUUGCUAGCUAAGUGGCUAGAUGGCAAGAUCAAGCUUCUUGGUUACAGCAGAGACAAUCAAUCCCCUUUUGGAUCAAGAUCCAUGUUCCCCAAAUUGGUUUGUGCGACCCUUAUGUGCCCUUCCGGUAAUGACGUAUACCCUAGUAUGAUACAGAAAUGGUAUAAAUGUAUGAAAAUCUGAAUAUCGCCAAAAACCUAGUGGAGAGAGGUUUAGAUUCUAGGUUAAAACCUUGAACUCAAUUUAGUUUUUUAGCUGUAGAAAUUGACUUCCUAGUGAUUACCUAUCUCAGAUCUAAAAUCGUUGCAAUGUGGUGGAAUUCUAAAUCUAUUGGUGGCAUACCAGAAUUCUAAAUCUAUUGGUGGCAUACCAGAAUUCUAAAUCUAUUGGUGGCAUGCCAGAAUUCUAAAUCUAUUGGUGGCAUGCCAGAAUUCUAAAUCUAUUGGCAAACUGCUUUUAUUUAGAAUAAAUCAAGUUGGCUGGCUUGGCAGGUAAUACAGGAAAAAGUUUCAUUCACUGUUUACAGUUUUGUCUAUUGUAAUCACUGGACAAAGUAAAGCUACUAAAUUAGACUUAGUAAGGUCUGGGUAAUAUCCUGACUACAUUGACGUAUGUAUGGUUUCCGCUGGCCUUGUCUGUUGUUUCUGCUGCCCCCUCUCUACUCUCUGUCUGUCUUUGGUGUAGACCUGUGCACCAGUCGACGGCUGCUGGUCACCUUCCCAGAGGCAGAUGGUCACUGCUUUCUCCCCCAGGCCGGCCCUCCCUCCCUGGGUCUGCAGCCUGAGCUGCUCCUGGGGAAACCAGGGCCUGGGGGGGCUCCAUAUUUCUGGGAGUGCCACUCUGCCGGGCCGCCUGGGUUUCACCCCCUCCACGGGCCUCUGCCAGGUCAGUAUGGGCCAGCAGUAGGGUUGGGGCUUAGGGCGCUAACAAGGCCUGCUGAUUAGACGAGUAACAAGAGUUCCACUGUAAAGAGUUGGUUAGACGAGAAGAUAACAACCUCUAGGGGAUGCAUGUGCAUAAAGAGUCAAGGAAAUUUGGUUGACGGGAUGCAUGAGCAAAAGGUUUCCUGGAAAUAAGCCGCUUAGUUUAUGUCGACACGUUUGUAGUUCUGAUGUGGUUUUGGUAUCAUGAUUAAAACAUGACACCGGUUGUUUUUAUUUUUUUAUUAUGAUUUUUUUGUAAAAAUUUGGAUGAUACAAUAGCCUUUUUCAUAUCAGAUAUUAUGGGCCGAUAUUGUACAUUGUUCAAUCUGAGCUAAAAUAAUCUGCCGCAUAGUGCUACCAAUAAACACUUAUGUCCAGGUUUAACAUUUUUAAGUAUAAAGAAAUUAUGACAAAGUGGUCCUGUGGAAUUGUCUUUUUUGCCCCAAACUCACGAGGAAGAAAGACCUUGCUUUCAAUGAAGUGUAUUAUCUAUUGGGUAAAUGAAUGAAGCUUCAGAAUGUCUGCGUAUUAUAUAAUUUGAACAAAUGUGCCCUCUGUUCCUAUAAUAUAAAUGAACACAAAGUAUUUUAAGAAUUGCAGAACAAUUCUACUUAACAGCACUAUACUCCUCUUUUUUGUUCUUAACCAAUGGGUUUCAUGGGAGCAGGUGCUUAGUACACACAGCAGUAAACUGUCCUCUGUUCAUGUUGCAGGUGGUGGCGGCGGCUAACCGGAGAGCAGUGCUGCCUGCUGGUCUAAAUAGACACAUUUUGUGUUGCGUGUGCAUGGCCUAAUUUGAGGUUUUCUUUCCCCUUAAAAUUCCCCUGCUUUCUGACUCUCCCUGUGUCCUUUCCCUUUACCCAACCCCCAACUUAUCAACUCUCCCUCUCCUCCCUCCUGUCCUCCACCCCUCCAUAUCCUCCCCCACCCCCUCUGUAUUUACCUCAGACGGGCAGGAGAAUGCUGGAAAAUGCCCCCAUCAAAGAGAAUCUGAGGGAGACGAGCCGUUGUUCGGGGAUCUGUCCAACGGCGACGAAAUUAAGUCUCCGCACAAGUCUGAGGAAGAGGAGCUUGGGACGCCGUUCGACUGCAACGGAGCCUCUACCGAUACCGGGGCCGUGGGAGGGUCGCCACCAGGUGACGUUAAAGCCAAGACCAGCCAGGACUCUCCAGUGAAGAAGUUCCCUUGCAGCGAGUGCACCCAGACCUUCCGCACCAAGUCUUACCUCAAUAAGCACGUCAACAGAGUGCACCAUCAUGGGGUCCAGAAGAGUC